AAAUUAUAUAUGAAUUGGAAAAUCAGAAAGUGGCUCUAAAACAAGGGAUCACUCAGUGUGUGGACUCCCCGUUUUCUCUUCAAAAAGAAAAACAAACACGGUCGAAAAUUUAGGGUUUUCGAUUUCAAUCUCAAUGGAUCAAGAACUAGACCCAUAUAUCUGCGGUUGCAUUAUUGAAUUCCUUGUCAGGUAUUCACCCGACGAUAUGCAUAUAAAGAAAGUUAUUGAAGCUUUCCCGCCAUUGAAGCCCAGGCCACAGUUGAAAAAAGCCGUGCUCCUCCGUACCAUGCGAACCGAAGUCAACGCCGGUGACGUUUCCGAGAAAAUACUCGACGCUUUGGAGAAGAUCGGGUGCAUUGACAGAAACCAAGGGCUCCCGAUUCCCGAUUCCAUGAAGGAAGCCUACUGCGCCGUCGCAUUGGAAUGCACCGUCAAGUACUUGCCCGGAGAUACUGACACGUGCGGCGCCAAGUACUUGGAUGCGGUGGAUAGGAUUUGGAGGGGCCGGAUUCAAGAACUGGAAAGAUCCAAGGCGUCCGAUUUGGUUUUUGAUCAACUCAAAAACCGUCGAUUACAAGUGGAGGCUGCUGCCACCGGGGACGAGGAUGCGGUCCGCUGUUUAAGUGCAAUCAAUACUCGAGGUUAUGCCAUAGUUAGCCUCAGGCGUUAUCUACGCGAAGCGAGCGGGUCGAUGAAGCCGCCGGUCCUUGAACAAGCAUGCUUGAAGCUUGGAAGGCUUAAUUUAGGUUCUUGAAGUGAUCAUGAGCCUAACAGCAUCCAAGACACAGAACUCUCAAUCUUUUGUAAUGUGCUUACCUUGAUAGGUCAUAUACAACAUGUAUCUAGGUCAUUAAGAAGUAUUGUGGAGUUUUAGUGACGUUUUGAACAUGGCUUAGAUGUUUUGGAUGAUUUUAGUAUUACAUAUCGUAUGGUCUUGAUAGGUUAUAUACAACAUGUAUCUAGGUCAUUAAGAAGUAUUGUGGAGUCUUAAUGACGUUUUGAACAUGUCUUGGGUGUUUUGGAUGAUUUUAGUAGUACAUAUCGUAUGUUUAAUGACUAAUUUUGCAAAAGUUGUUCGUUGAUUCAAA